GGUCUCUUUCACUCACCUCAGUCAAUUUUUCAUUUUAUUUUUCUCAAUGAAUUUGGGAGGGGUAGAAUGCGUGUGUACGUCCUAUUCCGGAUAUAGGUAAAGUUUAUUUUAUUGUUAUUAGUUCGCACAAAGUGUUUCUUUAAAUAUGUGUGGAUUAUAAAAAUUCUGUGUCGUGUGUGUGUUUACAAUCGCUCGCUCAGCCUUCGUUUCCUAUGUGAGUGUCGAUAAUCAUGCAAAAUGGCCAACGAUCUGUGGUCAUGUACCUGUUGUACGGAGGCUCUGACUUGUUGGCUGCGUCUCAAGCUGUCGCCCGAGGAGAUAGAGCAGAGGUACAGAAGCAAGGAGAUCGACAGAAUACUGGAGAAAGACAAACAGACGUUGCGGCGGCAGGUCAAACUGUUGCUUCUCGGUGCGGGUGAAAGCGGAAAAUCGACAUUCCUGAAGCAGAUGAGGAUCAUACACAAAGUGAAGUUCGAGCCGGAACUAGUGCGCGAGUUCCAGCAUGUGAUAUACCAGAACAUUGUGAAGGGGAUACAGGUGUUAGUGGACGCGCGGGACAAGCUCGCGAUUCCUUGGGAAAACCCGAGGAAUCUGGACAUUGGGCAGCAAGCGUUGCAUUUCAACAGUACGGCGUCUCUGGACAGCCGCCUGUUCAUGCAUUACGCGCCGCACAUACACUCGCUGUGGUUGGACAGAGCCAUAAAGAGGGCCUAUGACAGGCGGAGAGAAUUUCAAUUGAGCGACUCAGUAAGUUACUUCUUCGGCGAGCUGGAGCGCAUAGCGCGGCCGGACUACGUGCCUUCACACCAAGACAUCCUCCAUUGCCGGAAAGCCACGAAAGGCAUCACGGAGUGUACGAUCAACAUCAACAAUGUGCCAUUCGUCUUCGUCGAUGUCGGCGGACAACGGACGCAGAGGCAGAAAUGGACACAGUGCUUCGAUUCCGUCACGUCGAUAUUGUUCCUAGUCUCGUCUUCGGAGUUCGACCAGGUGUUAUCGGAAGACAGGAAAACGAAUCGUCUCGAGGAGGCGCUGAAUAUAUUCGACACGAUCGUGAACAACGUGAACUUCAAGGGUAUCUCCAUUAUACUUUUUCUGAACAAAUCCGACUUAUUAGCGAAAAAAGUCGCGAGCAGUGAGACUGACAUACGCUGGUACUACCCCCAGUUCACAGGGGACCCCCACAACCUGAGGGAUGUGCAAAUGUUCUUGCUCAACAUGUUCGCCAACGUCCGGAGGGAACCAAAGACAACACUUUACCACCAUUUCACCACAGCCAUAGACACGCAUAACAUAGAGGUCGUAUUCAACUCCGUUAAGGACACGAUCCUCAACCGCAAUCUCGAAUCUCUGAUGCUGCAGUGACAUAUGCCAGAGUGGACUUUUAAUGAUUGUGAUAAUUGCUGGCUAUACAUAGUUUAUCUUUUUUAGCACUGUAUUUUCAGAUAGUAAGUUCCUUUUGGCAUAGCAAAAAUCAGUCAAAAUAGCUACGUUUCUAGUAUUCGUAAAUGUAAAGCUAUCCUUUUCCGCGUGAAGCAUAAUGAAAAGGAUAGCAAUACAGUUAUAUGUUACCUGUCACUUUUGUUAGGUUGUAGAUUCCACAAUAUUCAGUCUAUUAUUAUAUUGAGAACUAACAUUUAUAUACCUAAUCGUUGUUGGAAAUGAGGAUUGCUAAUUCAUGUGUUUUGUAGCCAUGCAGUGUCAAAAGGGACUUGGGUGAAAAAGAUCAUAGUAGAUGGUUCCGUGCGUUCUGUUGUAAUUUUGUUUUAUCUGCAUAAUAAGAAAGCACAUUUUAAAAGACAAGAAAUGUGAUUUGUAUUUUAUUUUGUUUUAUUAGAACUUUAUCGUCGGCCUAUUCUCUAGUUUUGUAACUUUGUAAUGGCGAAAAUAUACUUACAACAGGGCACCGAACAUGAUAUCCGCGAAGCAUGUUGUCUUAAUAUAGGGUUGCCUUAGUUAUUGUGAGUCAGACUUGCACACAAACGGUUCCGUACUAUUUACCAAGAAAUACUUAAUACAACUUUAUAUUACGGUUUAUGAGACAGACGGACGGACGGACAGCAGAGGCUUAGUUAUAUGGUCCCUUUAGCAUCUUGUACGGAACCUUAAAAAUAAUUAUAAAUAACGGAUACAUACCACGAUUAAUUUGAUGAUUUUUUUAUAUUCCGAUAUUUCGACUCAGUUGCAGUCUUGUUCACAACGGAACUUCGGCUCUGCCGGUGUGCCUUGCGCCUUAUAAUCCCAUUUAUUGCUAUGUAUGUUGUAAGUAUGUUUUCGCGCUAAAUGUUCGGCGCAAUACGUUCACCAAGCAUUCAUUCUAUAGUAUAUGUAUAGUUUAUCAUAUUGUAAUGAUAAAUUUGUAUAUUAUGUUUAUUUAUGACCAAAAAUGUAGAUUUUGCACUCUAAAUGAUAUAUUUGAUGAUCACUUUUUGAUAACUUUUAUAUGUAUGUAUUUGGCGCUUUUUACUUGUGUUUACUGGAGUUUAGGAGUUUGGAGCUUAAUGUAUGCACUAGACAUAGAGGCAGUUUUGUAUUCUAUAUAACCCUAGUCGUUAUCGGAAUCUUAAGAGCGGUUACGCAUUCAUCCGAUCUGAGUCCGUGAAAAUACGGAUAUAAAAAACUCGGACCGAACUCUGUUAUUGUUUACGCACUAAUCCGAUCUCUGAUCCAAAUCCAUGCUAUUCAGUGGACAUCUUUGAUAUAUCUACGUCAUAUGUCCGAUGAAACCGAGGCUCAUCCGAGAUAUUUUCACGGAUGAUGUACGUUACUAGUGCGUAAGCUACAAAUAGUUCUACAACUAGGUACUUUGGAACUUAUUCCCACAGACUCGGAUCGGAUGAGUGUGGAACCGCCCUAAGUCUAAAGCAGCAUUAAAAUUAAUCUUAUCGAUAGUAAUAUAAUAGAUUUUACUGCCAUUUUUAAUUGAAUGUGAAAACGACGAAUCUGAAUAAUUUGUGAUUGUAUUUAAAUAUGAGUAUUUAUAUUUAUUUAUAUUAUAUCGGACGUGAUUUUUAAUAGAAAUGUGAAUUAAGCAAUUAUUGUCAUUUAAAACUUCUUAACCGUAAGCGAAAUAUUGCAAUGCAAGUAAUUAAUUUAAUUUUGUCAUGCAGGUAAUAUAUGCUAUCACAAUAUAUGUUCGAUCGUUUAUUCCGUUUAUACACCCAAAAACAGCCACCCUAGUGUGUAUCUAUCUAACCACACCAGACUAAAAAAUAAUAUACGAAAUUCCGUUAAUAGAAUGGAUAGAUGGACACAUGUUUCCUCUUUCACCCUAUACUGAAUAUUUAGGGUGUGUAAACGGAAUAAAUUGUCUCGUUCAUGAUAAACAUUAUGAUGACGUGAAUAGUACUUUAUUAUGAUCCAGGGGUGUUAAGUAUUGUAUCAAAGUCAAAACAACUUGUUUCCCUUUAGGGAUUAAAAUGUAUGGGAACUGUGAUGGAAUUUUAUAGGGCUGUAAACAGCAACGAAGUUUUUUACUAUGAAAAAGUUAUAUGUAUGUACAAUGACCAUUGAUGACACAAUUUUUAAGCUCAAACCAUAUUGCAGUGAGCAUUGCUACGCUUACUCUGAGUUUUUAUGAAAAACAUAAGCGCCCUAGACUCACGUUUUCAAGAUCGGUGAUAGAAAUAAAUUCCUAAAAUUAUGCCAUGCUUACGCAUACAUGUUAUAUAGACUGAAUUUUUAUAUCGAAUAAAAUAAAUAUAAAGAAAAUUUUCAAACAACUAUGUAUAGAGAAAAAUUUCGAUACAUGUCUACGUAAAAAAACCUAAUAAGCUAUAUGAAAAUGGAUUGAGGUUUGAUUUUCUCGGUUUUUUAGGGAUGGUUUGUAUUAUAAAAGAUAUGGAUGUCAAAAGUACAAUAUAUUGUUUUUAACUCUGAAAACUAAAGUGCGCUUUUUAUAUUAAGUAUACAAUUUUCUUUAUUAAUAUUUUUACUAAACAAAAACGUCAUUUCUUAAAAGAAUAUAACUUAAAAUGAAGAGCAGCUUAAAAAUAUCUAACUUUAAAAUCUAAAUAUUUAUCCUUAUUGAAUUAAACUAAAACAAAAGUAAAUAUAUAGAACUCAAAACAUUGAACAAGUGAUUAAUUUUGAAGUAAUGCAUAUCAAGCUUUUACUGGAUAUUAUAUCCAAGCAGUAUCAUAUUAAAAAAUAAACGCUUAAAAUGCUUCGAUUAGUCAAAAAAAAUAAUAGCUGUUAUGGACUAAUAUAAUUAUAUAAAAUGUUUAUUCCGUUUAUUCGCCCUAAAACACCCACCCUAGGGUGUAAACUCGGAAAUGCGUGACCGACAAUAUACAAAUUCAGUUCAUUUAUCCCGUCCGGGGUGAAGAGACACGCAUACUCACAGUUGGUACAAACUCUAGGGUGGAUGAACGAAAUAAGCCAUUUAAAAUUUCUUUGCACUUACGAUUUAAUUCCGUCCCUUAACAUAAUUUUUCAGAUCAUUACGUUCAGAAUUUGACUAGCUUUAGCCCACGACUUCGUACAUAACGUAUAAUUUGACUGAACUGAAUAACGUAGCAUUCUAAUGGUGAAAGAAAUAUUAAAAUCGGCUCAGUAGUUCUGAUUUUAUCGAUUACAAACAUACAAAUCUUUCCUCUUUAUAAUAUUAGUAAGAAUAGAUUAUUCUGAAUGUGAUUCGGUAGAUCUUACAGACAGAAAUACAAACAAAAGUGAUCCUACUUUAGUUCUACUUCUAUACUAAAUAUAUUGAAAAUCAACCCAAAAUACUAUCAUAUGACAAUCAAUAAAUUAUUUCAAAGAGGUUUCAGUAACUAAAUCAUAAAAUUCUAAAGAUGACAAACUAUGCUUUUUAUAAAGUUCUUAUAUGGCGGUAUUACACUUGGUCGCUAGUCUGUAUUCGGGUACCUGACCCUGCUUUACACUGCCUUUUUUACAUGAAUUCAGGCUAGUUUGAAAAGUAAAUCUUUUUUAAAGUUGCCUAUAUUCGAUAUCGUUCAUUUUCAUUUAUGGCUCAUGGGAAGCAAUGAUGAGGUCUGGAUUGGAGUACAUUUUCCUUGAAAGUAAAACACGGACGCCGGAAGGGCGCUCCACCCCUUAGCGGUUCGCACUUCGCAUCUGAGAUGUUGAGCAGAAACUCUUCUGCGAAUGUUGGUUAACCACUGGAUGUAAUUACGCCAUUGCUUUUAUGGUAAUAUCACGUAGUAUUGAGAUUAUGAAUGGAAUGUAAUGCCGUAGAGUAUAUGAUCCUCAGAGAGAAUCGACGAUUUAAUGGGCACAAAUAAAAUAAAUAAAUUAUUAUCUAUCUAUUUGAUUCUUUUAACAUGAUUCGGAUCUGUGAAAGUGAUCUUUUUAUAGUUUUAAUAAACUUAGCGCAUAAUUAUAACGAUCAUAAUAAUUAUACUCAUUAUAGUUGGAUUUUCGUAAGCUUUAGUAUAUUUAUUUCUAGUUUUGUAAAUGUUUAUCGGAGUUUUGUAAUGUUUAGAUUAAUUCAAUUGUUUAUUUAUUCUGUGUACAUUUGUUUAUUUUAGAAACGUUUUAUUCGAGGCUACCUGUGUAAAUACCUCUUUGUUUUAGUGUCUAUAUUGAUUUGAUUGAUUUACAUAUUUCUUCAUAUUUCUGGUAGACAGCCAGCCUAAAACACGUAUUCAGGGACAUUCUCGGGUUCUGUUUUCAAUACAUAUUUAUAAGGACUGAUAAUACCAUAAGACCACUUUUUAACUCGUGCCAAUAAAGAAAUGAAUCAAAAACAGUGUUAAUCAUACUAUCUUACUCACACAGUAUACCUGUGUAUAGUGUUUGAGUGAGAUGGAAUGAUUAGUGGCUAGCGCGGCUUCGUUUAGAUUACUUUAUUAUUGGCACGUGUUAUACGUCUCUGAAUGCGGGUUUUAUACUAUUGGAAUACAAGGAGCGAGCCGAGGCGCAUGCGCUGAAUUUUUCAUUUUGAAUUCACCAAAGAAAUGCAGAUAAGUAUGACAUUAUUACACAUUUCCAGUAUAAUGCGUACAUUUUGAGAUCUCACUAGCCAUUAUAGAUCUGUGUCAACUGUUAUGUCAAAAGUACGACUUUUUGUCAAAAGUAAGUUUCACGUUCAAGUUAAGCUUAAAUGUGAAACUUACUUUUGACAUGAAAGUUGACACAUAGAACUAAAAAAAUGGUGAAUGAGAUCUCAAAAUUUACGCUCUAUACUGAAAAAUACUACGCUUGCGUCUAGUCUCGUAAUGUGAGUACAGCUUUAGAAAUCACUGUUUCGAGUUUGAUUAGAUUUCUUAUAUAAGUGAUAUGUUGCAUUUAAUGGUGCCAUUACAAAAUGGCAGUUAACAUGAUGGUUAUAGAGCCUGCGGAGUUGCAAUUAAAUUAUUGUUUUAAAAAUACAAAAAUGAUUUUUUUAUUGUUUUAAGCGUAAUUUACAAUGCAUUAAAUAUUACAAUUUGCAAUUGAUUUGCGCAGGUAACGCAAUAUUUUAAAAUGUACCUAAAUGGACCCAUAUUUCCGAUAAAUCUCUAAAUAAGUUAAUCAAAAUAUGAGACCCUUGAAAUAAAAUGUUUUUACCUAUAAUGAUGGAUGCUCGAUAGAUAUAGCAAAAGGAGAGGUUUGAAAAAAAAAUCGACCAAUAAGGUUGGUUAGUUUUUCUGUGAUGUGCGAGGAAGACCUUAUUCUUAAUACAAUAUUAUAUUUGUGGGCAUCCACUAAAGCUCUAAACAGAUACAACGCGUGACGGCAGGGCGGCACAAUGUACAUGUGAUAACUGCAGAGCGUUGCGGGAGCAAGUAAUAGAUACCUACUUGUAAUACAAGGAACUGUACGUCAUACUGCAUAGCCAAUUAAAUUAAUUAAUACUAUAGAACGGCUUGUUUGGACCAAAAUCGUGUCUUACAGAGCUGUUAAACAAAAAUGAUACGCCAUCAAAUUAUAAGCAGACACUACAUCAAAAAAUUCUUGUUUUGAAUGACCAACCUAGUGUGUAGUUUAUAGAGAUUUUUAGCAAAGACCGAUGGAAAUACAGCAGCUACUCGUAUUAAUCGCACUUUGAGGUGUGUACAGUUUCUUGUAUAACUAUAAGAGUCGUGCUGUAGAGGCUGCGGUCUCGCGUUUUAUUCGACCAGGGCUGAAAUAGUCAGUAUACUGAAAUAAAUUUGAGGAAAAAUUAAGCAAUACACAAUUUGAGAUUAAAUACAAACUAUAUACACAAACAAAAUGUUAUUUAUAUAUGAAUAUAAUUUAUAUAAUUUAAAACUUAUCUUUGAAAUGUUUAGUACCUUACAAUGUUGGGCUCGAGACACAUUGGCGCAGAGUAGAAGCGCAGCGACGCGUCUUAUCUGAAUAUUUUCAAAGUUAUCUGUUAUACUUGAACUACAAAGAGUCCAAUGAGUCACUUUCGGGUUGAUCCCCUUUUUGACCAAACCAAUUCCGUUAGCGUAAAUGCGCACAUCGACUCGCGCCUCCGCUUGCCUUUUUCACUUUGCUUUAUAAAAAUUAGUACAAUAUUAAUGAAAAUGAAGUUUAGUAUAUAUUAUUUGGCACACUUUAGCAAAGACGCGUGGAUGCGCUUUAACUCUGCAGCAAUAUGUCUUGAGCCCAUCUUAGAAAGAUAAUUAUGAUUGUUGAUUUAUAAAUUAUUUUAAUCUGUACAAAUAAUCUCAUUUAUUGAUAAAUAUUAAUUAUAAUGCUAUUGAAAUGAAUUAUAUUAUUUAAAAAUAUUUCCUUUUUUUGUAAAAUACUUCGUUUUAGGAUUUCUGUGUAGCUAGACUAUCUAUCGGUUUUUAAAUGCACGUUUUGUACCUAAGUAUUUCUUGUAAGCUUAAGAUUUAUCAUACUAUGUACAGGUGUAGAAAAUUGGUUUUUAAAACUGACAAAGAACGUUACUAACAAUAAGUAUUAAAUGUAUAUGCGAAUUGCGAAAACUAGUCUGGUCUAGGCGAAAAAUAGCCGGCACACAUUGCGGCAAAGUCGAAUGUGCGGCGACGAAUCAAUGUCAUUUCUAAAAUGUUAUGAAGCAAACUGAACUUUACUUUUGCUACGCAAUGUACAAGUCGACGCCCGCAUUCGCUCGUAUAUUUCAUUUAGUUUCACAGUUGCAUUAAAUAUUGAGUUAUAAGCUCAGUUUACUUUGAAACAUUUUAGAAAAGUCGCGUCGCUUCACUUCGACUAUCACGCAAUAUGUCAUGAACUUUAUACAUCUCUAUACCUUAGGCCAAUUUCUUAAAAAAAAAAAACUGAAUUCUUGAUAUUUUAUAGAUCUAUUUUCUACACCGGUACAAGGUAUGUUUUGUACAAUGUUAUUUAUAAAGGAACAAAAUAAUCUAGUGUUGUAACGCAACGGUAAAGGUUAGGUAAAAAAUGUAGUAAGUUCGGAAAAUGGGUCUCAAACUAGCGACUAAGUCGAGGCAAUGUGAUAGGCUGAUUGAUGUUGUGUAGAUGCCGUGUCGGACAUUCAAUGUAAUGGUUCACGCACACUUGUGCGGGCCGUACCGCGACACCAUACCGUUAGUGAUGCGUUUUAUACAAUUUGAAUUAGUCUGUGUAAGUGAUGGAGCAGAAAUUCUGUUUUGAAAUGGUUAUUAAUAACAUUGAAAAGAACGAAACUUUUAUGAUUAACUUAAAGGUUUUGCAAUAAACGCAAUUAAAAAAAAACUAACUGUAUAAUUAAACUUUUUUACUUUGGAUCCGUUUUAGUAAGAGUUCUAUAUUCGAUAAUAACUGCAAACGAUUAAAAUGAUUUUAAUCAAAAGUUUUGUCUCAUUACAUUGAAUGUUCGGCACAAUUCGAUUAGUGUAAUUAACGCCGUGGGUGCCAAUUCUUAUAUUGCUCGAAAAAAUCCAAUAAUAAAUGUUUAUUUGAUGAUGAAAAAAGGUAUGCAAUUGUUUUUGAUAGGAAUAGAAGUAGCUUUCGAGGCUGAGUAAGCGGUUAUUAAGUUUUCGCCCAUUGUAUAGGACUAAGUUUACAACGCAGAUUUUUUUGUCUACAAACCAAAAUGAAAUGGACUGUUUACGGUAAUGGCCCAAUACAGUGGGCGAGAACCUUUAUAGUUAGUUGUAUUUGUAUGUUACGAAUUUUAAAGGUAUGUUACGUCAUUUUACACUCGUGUUAAUGUAUGCUAGAGUGUUGACAAUAUCUUUUGGAAUUCCUCUAUAUUUUGUAUACAGCCCAAUAUUUAUUGUACAGUGUAAUAAAAUACCAUGCAUGUA